UAAUUGCAUUUUAACUUAUCGUGUAGUCUAUAAAGAGGGCUUAAGAAAUAUGCCAUAACGGUAUAGCUACUAUUAAGUUAACAGCGAUCUUCGCACACAGAUUGUCUAUACUUAAACGGGAGCAGUUACCAUGGCAACAUAUCAGUGACAGACUCGGGUACUCCGUGUCAGUCAUGGACGGAACAAUGUCCACAUCGUCAUACCAUGAACACCACAUAUCCAGAAUUAAAUAACGCCAAGAAUUACUGUCGUAAUCCCAAGAACUCAGGAAAACGACCUUGGUGUUUUACCACAGAUAGAAACAAAAGAUGGGAGUACUGUGAUAUCCCUAAGUGUAUACCAGUUGAUGGUGGUUAUAGCAACUGGACAAUAAAAAGUGCAUGUAGUGUGACAUGCGGUGAAGGUUUACAAACAUGGACACGAGUUUGUAAGAAUCCUGAGCCAAAGUUUGGUGGAAGAGAUUGCAGUCAUUUUGGAGAGAGAGAUGAAUAUAGGCCUUGUUUCGUGAAACCUUGUAUCGUUAAUGGCGGUUUUAGCACAUGGAGUUUGAGUAUCCCUUGCAAUGUUUCGUGCGGUGGAGGAGUUGAAAUAUGGAAGCGUAGUUGUGAUAAUCCAGAACCAAAAUACGGAGGCAGAAACUGUAGUAGGCUGGGAAACUCGAUGGAAUUGAGGAGCUGUAACACAAUGCCUUGCCCUAUUGACGGUAACUAUAGUAACUGGACGAGGGCGUCGCCAUGUAGCGUCACGUGUGGUGAAGGAGUCGAAGUGUGGAUACGAGAAUGCGAUAACCCUCCUGGCGAAUACGGCGGUAAUUGCAGUAAGCAGGGACCAGACCAAGAAAGACGCUCAUGCAGGAAUGAAGCUUGUCCAGUUUCUUCCGAAGAGAUUGGUGUUAUUGCCAUUGUUGCAAGUUUUUUACUCGUUGCUGCGAUUACAAUUUUUAUCUUUCUGCGAAAACGACGGCGAAAACGAGAAUACAUACAGCAUUAUGCCAUUUGUCGUUUUUCGUCCCAACAUUUUCCUGGUCGUGAACAAGAGCAGUCAAAUAACAACAAUACAGAAGAGUGCGCAAGUUCCUCACAAAGGAAUGGUACGAUUCCCAACUAUGGAAACCUGACAUCCGAAGGUAAACCGGCUCCGUGUCUUUCUCGCGGUAUUGUACCCUACAAAAGCGAUUACAUCAACACGAGACCUUCCCAAAGAUCUUGGUACGACAGAUUGCAGGUAUUUCGGCCUAUAACUGUUGAAUGGCUUCGUAACGCGUGGGGCAAUGUGGAUGUGUUUGGAAACAAUGUUUAUGAUGUCAUGCAACGUUAUGUCGGCCGAGUUUUUGUUUUGUACGAUAAGGCAGGCAACACAGGCGAAGGUCAGUCAGCCGGAAGCUGUAAUCCACCUCGCAACACACUCGAGAAAUCGUCGCAAGGUGAUUCUAACGGAAGUGAGAAGGAGGAAAGAAGUCAAACGUACGAUACUCUGAAAAGACUUCCAUCUGUGGUAUUGCCAACUGGAUCUGGCAAUGCUUUGACAACUCGAAUUGCUUAACUCCAUCAGAAUGGGUGAAACUUCCACUUAUUUAAAAGACUAAGAAUUUUAAAGUUGAAGAAUGAAAUUGACAAUCAGUUAUAUUUAUACACCAGCGUGGAAACUGCAUGCAAGUUUUCAGGUAUACUUUUAGCCUCUCUCGCGAUGGCGAAUAUUUUUUCACUUUGGGAACAUAUUUUUUAUUUUUUAUCUAUAUAUAUCAGGGAAUAAAAUAAAAAAUCACAUUAUUCAUAAGAGGGAGGGAGUCCAUGCAGUUAUAGGUAAAUUGGGGAGAUGGGUAAUAUAUAAGUUAUAUAACACCAAAGCUUUGCGGAACAGCAUAAUUAUAUUCGUGUACGUAUAUACAUAAUACAUUGUUAUAGGUGAUAUGAAUAGUU